AUGCGUUCGAAUGUUCCAACCGUCUACAGCGCCGUGUCCGAUGUUGAUCGUUACACCGAGUUUCUCCCGUGGUGCACCACCUCACGCAUUGUGGAGAGGCGCGCCGUUGGCUCAAGCGCCGAGGACGAGCAGCUCACGACCGAGAUCUGCAUGGGGUACAAGCAUCUCUCCGCCACCUUCGGCUCGACCAUGCACCUGCAGCGCAACCGUCGUAUCCAGUCCACCUCGACGCCCAACGACUAUAUCGAAUUUUGCAGCUUUACUUGGGAGUUUGCGCCGAUCGGGCCGAGCGCGGCGAGGAUUGACCUCAAGCUUGAGUUCGAGCUUCUGGCAGCGGAGCACGCCAUCCUCUGGGACAGGCUGCAGGAUCGCAUCCUCGCCGAGUACCUGAACUGCUUCCAGUGA